AUGAACGUUUUAGUUUAUAAUGGUGCAGGUACAUCACCUGAGUCCGUGAAGAAUACAAUUGAGACCCUACGAUUAUUGUUGGAGCCAUAUUACGCUGUUUCUCCAGUUACUGCAAGAGUGUUAGAAACCGAACCUUGGACUACGAAGACUUCCGUGGUGGUAUUUCCAGGAGGUGCGGAUUUACCGUAUGUUAGAGAUUGUAAGAAAGUGAUUCCCAAGAUCAGAGAUUUCGUCUCCAAAGACGGUGGUUUAUACAUCGGAAUAUGUGCCGGUGGCUACUUUGGGUCAGGACGUUGUGAAUUCGCAAAAGGUGAUCCUUGUUAUGAAGUCACUGGUCCAAGGGAUUUGAAGUUGUUCCCCGGUAUUGCAAGGGGGCCUGCUUUCAGUGGAUUCAAGUAUAACAAAGAAGAUGGUGCCAAGACUGUCAAGUUAAAAGUAAAUGGAAUUGAAAAUCUCCAAGAAGCUUACUCCUACUAUAACGGUGGUGCGCUUUUCGUUGACGCCGAAAAAUAUCCAAACGUCGAAGUACUAGCAGAGUAUGAAGACUCCGUUGACGUUCCCUUCUCCGAUGAUCCAAAUGCUGCGAAUCAAGAUGCUACUGCUGCUGCUGCUGCUAUAGUGUUAUCAAGCUUUGGAAAGGGUAAAGCAUUAUUUAUCGGUCCACAUCCAGAAAUAUCUGCUAAGAAUCUAAAGCCAAUUGGAGAAGAAUGGUAUGAUAAUAAAGUCAUCAAACUUCUGGAAGAACAUGAUACAUCUAGAUUUCAAUUGAUGAAAGAAGUGUUGAGAAAAGCUGGAUUGAAAUGUAAUAGUACUGAGUCUAACCCCGGAAAUCCAGACUUGACCCCUAUAUUUGUUGCUACCAAGGACAAUAUGGCAGACCUUCGUGAAUUCGAGGAAAAUUUACGUUCAAAUUCAGCUAAAACGGAUGAUUCUGGAGAUGCAUACCAUUUGACCGGCGAAAAUGAUAGCUUUGAUAUCUAUGAAGGAUUUUCUCAUGCGGAAGAAGCAAGUUUAAAGCUUCAAGAUGUACACCCUGUUGAUGCUGUUAAACAAAUCAUAUUUCCUGCGAAUGAGGAAACUGUUCCUGGUAAACCACUGAUCUCUCAUUUUGAUAUGCAAAAAUUCUUUGCUCAUUUGAAUCCCUCGAGUAAAUUGGGUUCCAUUCUUCUAUAUGGGGAUGUUGUUACUUCCACAAGUAUGAUUUUGGACCAGAAUAAAACAUUAUUGGCAGCAUUACCUGAAAAUAGGGCUAUUCAUGUGGGUACAAUUCAAUUAUUAGGUAGAGGACGUGGUGGAAAUACGUGGGUUAACCCAAGGGGAGUUCUUGCGUCAACAACUGCAAUUAAUUUACCUGCUGUAUCACCAAGUUCUGGAGAAAGAACUCCGAUCGUUUUCGUGCAAUAUCUAGCUAUGUUAGCUUACUGUAAAGCCAUCCGCACAUUUGCUCCUGGCUAUGAAGAUUUACCAGUGAAGAUCAAAUGGCCUAACGAUCUCUAUGCAAUGAAACCUCAAUAUUACUAUAACAAUAACAUGAAACUUUUGGGGAAAGAAUUCCCCAAUGGAUUAAUUCCGCUUGACGACGUCGACCCGGCAUUUGUAAAGGUAUCUGGUCUUUUGGUAACCACAAAUUUCGUAUCAGGAAAAUACUCCUUAUUAUUGGGAUGUGGGGUUAACGUAACGAACGAAGCUCCAACGACUUCCUUGGCGACAUGGGUCAAAAUCUUGAAUAAUGAAAGAGAUGCUUUAGGAAUGCCGCACUUACCGCCAAUUGAUCAUGAAAUACUUCUAGCGAAGUAUCUCAACGAACUUGAUACUUUGUUGAAAAAAUUCUUGAUGUACGGACCAUCUCCAAUCUUGCCCGAGUACUAUAAAUACUGGAUGCAUUCCGACCAAAUUGUACAACUAUUGGACCAUAACUCUGUCAGAGCAAAACUUGUUGGAAUCACCGAAGAUUACGGCUUAUUGAUUGCCAAGGAGUUGAUUGCUGGAAGUAAUACUCAUUUCACCGGAAAUGUUUAUCAUCUGCAACCAGAUGGCAAUACGUUUGACAUUUUCAAAGGCUUGAUAUCUAAAAAAGCCUGA